UUCCCCAUCAAUGAAUUAAUGAUUGGUGUUGAGAGUGCUGACCAGGAUAGAUGAGUCACAGCAGUGGUUGAUGACCAAUAGAUGAGUCACAACAGUGGUUGAUGACCAAUAGAUGAGUCACAGAAGUGGAACCAACUUAGGAGGUUUGAAUCCUGCAAAUAAGAUUGGUUUGGAAGGACAGAAAAGAGAUUUCAGUAUCUUUAAGACGAAAUCCACUCUCAGUAAACAGAAUUCUUUGUUGCCGAGAAAAAUCGAGAAGGAAUUGGAGUCUCAGAAGAUUAAUGGCACUUCUGGUGUGGAUGAUGAUUCUGUUAAUGCAAGUGUUCCUGCUGGUAGAUACUUUGCUGCUCUUAGAGGACCUGAGUUAGAUGAAGUCAAGGACUAUGAGGACAUCCUUCUCCCGACAGAUGAGCAGUGA